UAAGUGAUUGCUGACUACUCCUUCCUUUGAGUGUUCUCCUUUCAUUUCAUUUCUCACAUAUCACUUCACUCCCUUCUAUCCUAUUCUCUUUGUCCCUUCAUUAAACUCUCAACAAAAUCACUUAUUCUCUUAAUCUUAAUUUUACUCUUUAUGGAAAUUGAACAGCCACUACCCACCAUCCUCAUCAAGUCUAGAUUCAAACGCAUAUGUGUUUACUGUGGUAGCACUCCUGGAAGAAAUCCUAGCUACCAAAUUGCUGCUAUUCAGCUCGGAAAACAAUUGGUGGAAAGGAAGAUUGACUUGGUAUAUGGAGGAGGCAGUAUUGGGCUGAUGGGUCGUAUCUCACAAGUUGUUUAUGAUGGCGGAUGUCACGUGUUAGGAGUCAUUCCAAAAACACUUAUGCCAAAAGAGAUAACUGGUGAGAGUGUUGGAGAAGUAAGAGCAGUAUCAGGGAUGCACCAACGCAAAGCUGAAAUGGCUAAACAAGCUGAUGCUUUUAUUGCCAUGCCAGGUGGAUAUGGCACAUUGGAAGAACUACUUGAAAUUAUUACCUGGGCUCAACUUGGGAUCCAUGAUAAACCUGUGGGGUUAUUGAACGUGGAUGGUUACUACAACUCAUUGUUGGCAUUCAUGGACAAAGCUGUAGAUGAAGGUUUUGUAACACCAGCUGCCCGUCACAUUAUUGUAUCUGCCCAAACUGCCCAAGACCUCAUGUGCAAACUUGAGGAAUAUGUUCCUGAGCAUUGUGGUGUGGCUCCUAAGCUAAGUUGGGAGAUGGAACAACAGUUGGUUAACACAGCAAAGUCAGAUAUUUCUCGUUGACUAAAAUUUAAUUAAUCAAAAUAUUAAUCAACAAUUACAGUACUAAUCCACCGUCACGUGGACCCUACUUUUUAGUGCUUAAUAUUUAAUCUCAACCCAAAAGAAACAAAACCAACUCGUAUAGAUGUAAGCUUCACAGAUUAGUUCUUGCUUUGAUUUGUUUUUUAA